GACCGUCCGGACCGGAUCACGUGCAACGUUCCGAAGAGCGAGACUGUUCCUCCGUCGCUUCGCUUUUGAACUCUGCACCGCACCGGCCGCCAUUAGCGCGUCGUCUUCCUCUCUUCGCGACGACGCUCGGUUUGAUGCCGAGCCGCUGAUAUUUUCUCCCCCCACUUCGCAAUCCUCCCCCCUUUUUGCCAUGAAUCCGCUGCGGCCUCCGAUUCCGCGGCAAUCGGAAAUCGCCCCGCGGUCGACCCUCCUUCCCUCGCCGCCGCUCCGGCGCUCGGGCUCGAGCUCCCAUGGCGAAAUGGUGCCCCUCUCCCUGCCCUCCCGCGCUCGGUUCCCGGCCGCGAGGGACGCCACUUCGAGGACCGGGGGUGCUUCGUCGGCGGCCUCCGCGGUGCGGCCGUCGUCGUCGCCUUCUCCGGCGAUCGCCUCCGACGUCGGCGCCGGCUCCGGCUCCGGAUUGUUCCGCGACUCCCCCGGCAAGUCUGAAGUGUGGGAGGAGAACAUAGAGAGGGUCAUAUAUGGAUGCCGGUUCAUGACGCUUCUCGGAGUAUCGGGCUCUUUGGUAGGAUCAUUUCUAUGCUUUAUCAAGGGAUGUACUUAUGUGACCCAGUCUUUUAUGGAUUACUUUGUGAAUCGCAGCAAAGUGAUCUUCUUGCUAGUUGAGGCUAUUGAUGUAUAUCUUUUAGGAACAGUGAUGCUUGUAUUUGGAAUGGGUCUGUACGAGCUCUUUGUCAGCACUCUCGACAUUGCAAAGUCAGUGUCAGGGGAAGGAAACCAACAGAAGUCAAAUCUUUUUGGUUUAUUCACUUUAAAGGAGCGACCGAAAUGGCUAGAAAUAAAAUCUGUCAACGAGCUGAAAACCAAGCUUGGCCAUGUCAUAGUGAUGCUUCUUUUGAUCGGCUUGUUUGACAAGAGCAAGAAGGCGGCUAUACAUACUCCGGUCGAUCUGCUUUGUUUCUCCGCAUCUGUCCUCCUGUCGUCUGGCUGCCUCUAUCUGCUUUCCAUGCUCAACGGUUCUAAAUGAGAGAGUUCUUGUGCAUGGUUCAGUGACGGCUAGCUAACGGAGUACUUCUACAAGAAAGAUGAUGUAAUUUUGUGGAAUAGGGAACAAUACUUGAUGUACAUGCUUGUAUCAUACUACCCGUUUAUUCGGGGUAUCGUACUGCUGAUAUGUAAUGCUAUUUGUCC